AAAAAACAGCUGUGGUUUGUGAAUCUUGGAUGACUGUGGAAUGACGGACUCCUCGAAAGUCCAAAACUUUUCCAACCCAACCGAUAUAAAUAUCCUGCUCCACCACUCUCCUCACUCUCUCCUCACAAAUUUCUUUCAUUUCGUGAUUUCCUCUCUAAAAACAACAACAAUUCUUGAAGAAGAAUUUUGGAUUUUGUUUUCUUCCUUCGAGCGAUUCUGUAAUUGUCCAGUUUCAUUUCAAUUGAAAAAUUUUAUCGAAGAUGAGGACUGCAAUGUUGAGAUCUGUAGUCAAGAGGAGUUCUACUCUUUUUGAUGCUCAGCCGUCUUCGUCUUACGUUGUGCGACGUGGGUUCUCAUCGGAAUCCGCACCGGAGAGGAAAGUUGCCAUCUUGGGUGCCGCCGGAGGAAUCGGCCAGCCUUUGGCUUUGCUUAUGAAGCUUAACCCUCUCGUUUCUAAGCUCGCCCUUUACGAUAUCGCCGGAACCCCUGGUGUCGCCGCCGAUGUCAGCCACAUCAAUACCAGAUCUGAGGUAUCUGGAUAUGCAGGAGAAGAGCAGAUUGGACAGGCACUUGAGGGAGCUGACAUUGUCAUCAUCCCAGCUGGUGUCCCCAGGAAGCCUGGCAUGACUCGUGAUGAUCUCUUCAACAUUAACGCUGGCAUUGUCAAAUCUCUGUGCACUGCCAUCUCAAAGUACUGCCCCCAUGCACUUGUUAAUAUGAUCAGUAAUCCUGUGAAUUCAACUGUCCCUAUAGCCUCUGAAGUCUUCAAGAAGGCUGGGACUUAUGAUGAGAAGAAGCUCUUUGGUGUCACUACUCUGGAUGUUGUUAGGGCCAAGACUUUCUAUGCUGGAAAGGCCAAAGUCAAUGUUGCGGAUGUUAAUGUACCUGUUGUUGGAGGCCAUGCUGGUAUUACCAUUCUCCCAUUGUUCUCGCAGGCUACACCUAAAGCCAAUCUACCUGAUGACGAAAUUAAGGCUCUAACAAAGCGAACUCAGGAUGGUGGAACAGAAGUUGUUGAAGCUAAGGCUGGAAAGGGUUCAGCAACCCUCUCAAUGGCGUAAGUUUUCUGUUUAUAAUUUCAAGCUGCUUUCUCCAUCGUACUUAUUAUGUUCAUACAUGAUUCUCUAUCACAUCAUUCUCAAACAACAACUAUGAGAUGCUCAUCUUUGCUGAUCUUUCUUAUCCAUUUCCACAUACCCUCUGUUUUCACAUGAUCUUUCCAAAACUCUAUGGAUCUUGAUAUAGAAACUCAGUUGACUUCAAUUGAAUGUCAAUGUGUGUACACGAUUGAAGGCUUUAAGAGUUGUCUCUAAGAAUGACGACCGAUGCAUAAAUUUUGCAUUUGUGUCCAGCUUGCAUUCUCAACUUUUGGCUUUUCAUACCUUUUUUUGAUUAUCAAUGCUUAAACGUCUUUAUGGCAAGAACAUGCUCCUUUUCGAAAUGAAGUAGAUGUAGUGCCUGGGAUGCAUUUUAAUGAACAAGUGUAUGAUUUCUCCCAAUACACCACAUUAGUCCUUAGUUUGGUGUUUUGAGACUGCUUAGAUUUUUAUUGAUAUAGUAAUUCUCCUCCAAAGUUGCAAAUAUGGGACAGUUGCAUUAUUGCUCCCUAAUUGUUGGACAAAGGAAUUGAAAGUCAAUAAAUACUUGCAUCCCUCGUUUAGAUAGUAUGGUCUCAUGUUUGACCAAACUCUUUACAGUUGUAAUGAUGUGUCAUUUGAAUCAUUGUUGUCCCUUAUUGUUAACAAUGCCUAGUUCUCAUUCCUUAAUUGUUUUGUUUCUGCAGCUAUGCGGGGGCAAUAUUUGCUGAUGCCUGCUUGAAGGGACUUAAUGGAGUGCCAGAUGUUGUAGAGUGCUCAUUUGUACAGUCUUCGGUCACGGAGUUACCUUUCUUUGCAUCAAAGGCAUGUACCCUGAAUAUUACUUAUUUUCUUUGCUCUAUUGUCCCCUUCAUGUGCUGGCCCUUUUUUUUCCUUUAAACACUAAACCCUGAACCCACCCUUUCUGUUGUUAAAUUGCAUUGAUUUGGGGUUUUCUUGAUGCUUGUUUCAUUGUAUCUGCUGGGAUGUUGUGAAUCAUUGAAGUUUUUGUUGGCUGGCAUUAUCAUUGCCCCCAUGAGGUAGAAUAUGAUUGUUCUUUGCAUUUUCAGGUGAAGCUUGGAAAGAAUGGUGUUGAGGAAGUCCUUGGAUUGGGUCCACUUUCUGACUUUGAGAAAGAAGGAUUGGAGGCUUUGAAACCAGAGCUAAAGUCAUCAAUCGAGAAAGGAAUCAAAUUCGCGAAUCAGAGUUAAAAUGUGUUUUACGCCUGCUUUUUAUUUGACAAUUUUGCAAUUUGCUAAAACAAUGAAUCUCUUUCCGGUACCCAUAUAAGGGUAAAAGAUUGUUUUGGGGGAGAGAUCAGAGUAGACCUAGUGUUCGAUAAAAUAAUAUGUUGCAAACUAGAUGAGGCUGAUUCGCUUCUAAAUCACAUUAUGUAUUGAUACAUUCGACUACUAGGCAUACAUUGUUUAUUGCAAAGGCAAUGCCAACUGACUUGUGUGUUCUGUUCCGACUGUUUCAAGGAAGAAAUAUCCUGAUAAUGUACUAAUUCUUCCAAAGCAGCUCCUUUCCCUGAAGGUUAUCAUGGGGAUACUUUGGAACCUCUAUAAGAUGCUUUGUUUUGCAGGUAGAUGCUUAAUGAUAAGGUUUCUAAGGUCUCUUAUGGACUAUGCUUUUGGAAUUUUAAUGGUGGGGUCUGACGAUAAGUUUUGGUUUUGGUUUUAGUUUUUUUUUUUACUUUAAUUUUAUGUGGAGUAUUUUGAAAUUCAUUUUCUGAAUCCACAUCUCAAUCGCCAAUCACAGUCGUCUAGUGU